AUGGCAACAGAAUUAGAUGAACCUUUACAAAUACAAGAGACUAGAUCCUGGAAAAUAUGGCAAGAAGCUAUAAUAACUGGUGCAGACAAUUGCGUGGCUAAAUACGUUAGAAAACCAUCAAACGGGUAUAGAGAAAUAUUUGAAUUCAAAAUAUUACCAUUACCCCAAUUGGACUGUCCUACUCGAUGGGGAUCAACAUACCAUAUGGUUGAACGGCUUAAUAAAGCAAAAGACAUAUUAAGUCAUAUUGAAUCAGUAGAAAACAAAACGGAAGAUGAAAAUUUCGACGCCAAUGAGUGUUUUUGGGAUUUUAAUGCUAGCUACUCAACCGUUCUUAAUCCAUUACAAAAAACUAUAGUCAAGUUUCAAGAAGAACAAUUACAUUACGGAAAUUUUUAUGCUUUGUGGUUGAAAUGUAAAUUAUCUACUAGUAAAAUUUUAGCAUCACAUUCAGAAAAUAAAAAUGCAAUUAUUUUUCAAAUUGGUCAAAGUCUAAUGGAAAGCAUAGAAACAAGGACUCAUAAACUAUUAUCAAAUGCAAGCUUGGAUACUUGCUUGUUUUUAGACCUAAGAUUUUAUCAAAUGCUAAAUGAUUCUCAGAGAGUUGAAGCUGUAGCUUAUUUAAAAAAAUUAUGGGACAAAAUUAAAUCACAUGACCCUAAACUUCUUCAUUCAUCUAAUCCAUCCCACUUAACGGCAACGGAAAGUGUACAGGUGCUGGAAGAAAAUGACGACGACCUUCUCAAUGAAUAUUUAGCUGCUAAUUUAGUACCCACUGAUGAAUCGAUUGAUGUUUAUUCAAAAAUUGAGAGAUUAAAUUUUCCUUUCAUGAAGGCUAGCUUAAAUGUAUUAAAUUUUUGGAAAGAAAGACAGUGCAGCGAUCCAGAACUUUAUGCACUUAGUAAAGUGUGCUUUGCCAUUCCGCCAACACAAGGCACCAUAGAACGUGCAUUUUCAUCAUUAAAAUUGAUUUUGGCAAAUAAUCGUAAUCGUCUUAAUCAUGACACGUUAGAAAAUAUACUGCUAGUAAAACUUAAUCCCUCCUUUUUAGAUCAGUCAAUAGAAAAUUUGCCUUUAUUCGAAGAAAAUGAAGAUGAAUAA